CUGCUCAGCCACCCCCAACCUUGCAACACUACCAACCAUUUGUUUGGGAAAUUGCAACAUCUAGCAUUUUUGCUACAAGAAACUAGUGGAUUGAUAUAGACUGUAAUUUUUCUUAUUUUAUGAAGGUUAGAUUUUUCUAGCACAAAGAAUGAAUUCGUUUAUGAGUUACCUCUCACCUUUUGCAUGCUUACUGCUUUUUACUCAUUUUGUCGACUUGAAUCAGAUCAACAACAGUUUAGGAUAUUCCUAUGCUCAUCACUCUGGCCGAAACAUCCGAAGCUUAGUUCCACUUGAUUGUCAACUUGGUCAGUGGGCUGCGUGGACAGAGUGUUCUCCUUGUGAAACAAAAAAGUCCAGAUUUAGGAAUCUGCAGAGGCCGGCCAUGUUUGGUGGUAGCCAAUGUAUUGGAUCUCUUUGGGAAGAGGUUACCUGCCAAACAUCUAAACAAUGUGUAUCAACAAAUACCUGUGGUGAUCAGUUUCAAUGCAGUUUAGGUCGGUGUAUUAAAAGACGUUUACUAUGCAAUGGUGAGAGAGAUUGUGAAGAUGCUUCCGAUGAAGAUGUCUGUGAGUCUGAUGGUCCCAAUGAAAUACAAACUUCCUGUACUGGUUUGUUUCCAAUCCCUGGUUUACAAGCAAUUAUGAAUGGUUAUAACAUCUUAACAAAUGAAAUCGGAAGCACUGUCUUAGAUUCUGGAUAUGAUGGAUAUUGUGAGUACGUGUACAAUGGGGAUUGGAGGGAACUGCGAUAUGAUAGUGAAUGUGAACAUCUCUACUAUAAUGAUGAUGAGAAAUACUUCCGAAAACCAUACAACAUAUUUCUAUAUAGGUUUGAGGCACUUGCUGAUUCUGGGUUUUCAGUGGAGGUUUACAAUGAUGUUCACAAUUUACUGACAGCAAUGAAGAAGGAUGUGUCAUUUGCACUCAGAUUCAGUGUGCAAAUUUCUGUUGUGAAAGCUGCAGCUGGGUUUGCUGACUACCUAAGUUUUGUUAGAAAUCUGACCACUUUUGUUGGAAAGGAUGUUAAUUUUGUUCGUGUUCGAACUAAAGUUCAAACUGCUCACUUCAAAAUGAGGAGAUACAAUUUAAUUUUGGAUGAAGGAAUGGUUCAAUCUCUGAUGAAACUUCCAGAUGAGUACAAUUAUGGAAUGUACUCUAAGUUUAUUGCAGAUUAUGGUACCCAUUAUUACACUUCAGGAACAAUGGGAGGUGUUUUUGAGUUCGUCAUUGUCCUGAAUAAGCGUAAAUUGCAAGUAUCAGGUGUUUCUGCAUACGAUGCUGGACACUGUUUUGCAGGAUCACUGGGAGUAUUGAUGAGCACUGCAUCUGUUAGUUAUGAAAAAUGUAAGAAGAUAAAUGAUACUAAAGCAACUUCAAAUGAUUCAAAAACAUUUAUAGAAGAUGUUAUUCCACAUGUACAAGGAGGAGACCUUGAAUCAAUUGCUGGAAUGCUCGGUCGAGAAAUACCAGAUGCCAAAAUGUAUCGAAGAUGGGGUAAAUCCUUGAAAUACGUCCCAGCAGUCAUUGAUUUUGAGGUCAUGCCCAUUUAUGAUUUGGUGUCCAGAAGUAAUCUUCAAUCAGUUAACAUUAAACAACAGCAUUUAAAGAGAGCAAUGGAAGAGUACUUGUCUGAAUUUCAUCCCUGCAGAUGCCAUGCAUGUUAUAAUAACGGAAGUCCAUUUCUUUUAAGCAAUAAGUGCAUCUGCGUUUGUGAGCCUGGUUUUGAAGGAAGAACAUGUCAGGAAACAAAACGAAAGGGGAUCACGGAUGGAGGCUGGGAUUGCUGGUCUCAAUGGUCUCCAUGCAGCGGAGGCUCAAGAAAACGGACACGGAACUGCAACCAUCCACCCCCAAAAGAUGGUGGUGCCAUGUGUCUUGGGAAGAACACACAGACACAGCACUGUUAAAAAUGUCCCCAGUUCUUUGGCUGUCUGAAUUAUUUGCUUUCAAACACUGACCAUUUUAAUUGGGUAGUAGUUUGAAAUUCACUCUGUAUUUCUUUUUUCCUAUCUUAAAUGCAAGGAAUUUCAGGCUGCAUCCACUAAUAUGAAUCAUUCAAACUGACAGAACACCACAGGAAUCUAUAUUUAUUGAAAAAUACUCACAAAAUGAUUUGUGGAAAUUAAUGUCAUUUGAAUAUGCCUCUCCAAAGCAAUGAUAUCAGUCCUUUGGCAACAAUUGCCAGUUGAUUCAUCAACAUAUUGAACUCAACAUGUUGAAGUCACAAUAUCAUCACAGAAUAAAUGAUAUUGUGACUGAUGCCCACUGGUCCUCUCAUGUCUGAUCCAUCAUCUUCAGUUGCAUUACAGCUUCACUGAAAAAGAUUCAUAAAUAGAUAAUGGGAAAAAAUGAAGCAUCAAAUGAAAAUCUGUAACAGUAAUUCCGGUAGAAAAUAAAGAUGUAAAACAUA